AUGAAGAUCAAUCAAAAAAAGAAGAUGAAGAAUACCGACAUUCUGUCUGCCGGUAGCAAAGUCUAUGCAAAGAAGAGAAAGGCCAAGAAAGAGACCGUCGAGAGUGUUGAGUUUGAUGAUGCCAGUAGAACUGAAUUCUUGACCGGAUUUCAUAAGCGCAAGGUGGAAAGAAAAAACAAGACCAAGGAAAAGUAUGCUCUGCUAGCAAAGGAGGAAAAGCUUCGUAAUCGUAGAGAGGCCAGAGAACAGCGUCAACGCUUGGCUGAUAAGAAUGUGCAGGAGAUGGCCGCCAUGUUGAGAACAAGUCUCGGUGGACCUUUGAAUGAGUCUGACAAAUUCCAGUCUGAAGAAGAAGAGGAGGAGGAGGAAGAGGAGGACAAGAAGAAGGAGCCAAAGGUGCAAGAAUUCAAGACUCAAUCCACCUUGACUACUGUCACUGUUAUUGAAGAUUUAGAUUUGGAAAAUCACUAG